AUAUUUAUAAAAUGAAAAUCUACCCGCACGUCCGAAAAAUCUAGUAUAUAUAUAUAACAACACCCAAUGACAAUUUCUAUUAAUUUUAAACUUAUGUUAAAAAUAUGCGUCCUUUACACUAAUUAUUUGAACAAAAAUAUCAACUUAACAAAACAGAAGACGAAAACAUCAAAUCCUUUCAAGAUAAUAAUAACAAACUACUCACCUAUUCAAAAUAAUAUCUAACCUCCUCCAAAAUUUAAGGAACGAGAGAACCGGACGUCAAACCCUAAAAAAGAAGAAAAACACAAACAAACACUUAUUAUAUCUUUUUCCUUUCCCAGAUUCACUUCUAUAUAAACCUCUCGUAUUCUAAAUCAGAUCUAACCAAAAGAAACACUAAGCACUGAGCACUUUGAAAGGAAAUAUAUAGCAAAAAUGAAGCAAUCUCUUAUUCUUUCCAUAUUAAUACUACUAUCAUCAUCAUUUGCACAAAUCCAUGCCCGCAACAAAUCACAUCCGGCAAACCCUCCCUCACCGGUAGCAACUCCAGCACCUGGACCAUCAAAUUCUGAUUGCUCGAGCGUUAUAUUUGACAUGAUGGAUUGUCUCUCGUAUCUUACCCCUGGAUCAAAUGAUACUACGCCCACGAAAGUGUGUUGUGGGGGAAUCCUAUCUGUUCUACAAUAUAAUCCUAAGUGUGUUUGUAUCGGCUUAGCGAGUAGCAAAGAUAUGGGUAUUGCACUGAAUAACACAAGAGCUCUUGCCAUGCCUACGAUUUGCAAGCUCCCCAUUGCUGCUCCUCAUUGUGCUAUACUGGACGCGUCGAGGCCGAGUGCAUCUACUCCUGGUAUGUCUUCAGUUUCUCCAUCGGCUGUAACACCUAUGACUCCACAGUCUUCCGCCCAGUCACCCACAUUUUCACCAUCUUUGCCUGAGUCGCCGGGCAUCACUGCACCAUCUCCAUCAAGUUCUGGCACCAACCACCUAUCAGUUUCAAAAUUUACCUUCGUUGCCGUUGUAGUUUCUUAUAUAACUUACAUUUCGGCUUUUUCUAAUUAAUUACAACUUUCUCAAGUUUUCAUAUAUUUCUUCUACUGAAUUGAACAUUUAUGUUUGUGAUUUCAAGAACGAUGCUGUUUUAAUUUGAUGUUCUUUUUUAAUCAUAUUGAAUUUUUUUUAUGUUUCCA